GAAACGACUCGAAUGAACAACAAAGAAGCUCUGUGGAAAAACUCUUGAAAUAAUUUAUCCUCAAACUAAUAAAUACAAAUGAAAUAAUCAGAAUUUUUCCAAAAAUAAGCUACAAAUACAACUGGCAAACAUGCUUUAUCUGGAGGAUUAUUUGGAAAUGAUUGAGCACUUGCCUCAAGAGCUACGAGAUCGUUUUACCGAGAUGCGAGAACUGGAUUUAACAGUACAAAACAACAUGGAUUCCCUGGAAAAGAAAACUCGUUCAUUCUUUGUCCAAUGCAAACGCGGCGAGCUGCAAGAUGAUGCCGCUGAUACUGAGUUCCAAAACCUGCGCAAGGAAUACUAUAAAGUUCUAGAGGAUGCCGACGAGAAGGUGACAAUUGCCACACAAAUUCAUGAAUUAGUGGAAAGAUAUCUGCGGCGUUUGGAUAGUGAAUUGUUUAAGUUCAAGUGUGAACUUGAAGCCGAUAAUAAUGGCAUUACAGAGAUUUUGGAGAAACGUUCCCUGGAAAUGGAUGGGGGUAGUGCGGCAACAGCCUUGCUUAGUGUGGCUGGUUUAAGCCAAAAGGAAAAUCGUUAUUAUGGUGGCUUGAGUGCUGCCAUUGCCCCAUCGGCCAGCAAUAGCCACAGUGCUGUAAUGGGAGGAGCUGGUGUUGGCGGUCUUGGUAUGGGUGGUGGUAUAACUGUGCCCGCAACUCCCACGGGGGCCACAAAAGACAACCGCUACCGGGCUCCAAAGCCGGAAAAAAGAAGGGACUCGACCUCGACCUUACAAAGUGCUGUGCCAGAGAAGCGAGCCAAUUUGGGUAAUAAUCUUACAACGCCUAACCCUCCAGUAGCUGUGGUACGUCCCAUAACUCCUGGCAUAGGAGCAGUGCUUAAUGCAGCAGCCGGUUCAGUGGGUACACCUGCCGUUGCUUAUAAUCUGCAACAAAUAGGAGCUUCGGCAACAACAGCAAUUGCUGCUGCAGCCUCACAGGCCAUUGUGGCCACACAACAAAUGCAACAGGGACGUCGUUCGGCAAGUAUGAAAGCCAGCUAUGAGGCUAUACAUGGGGGUGGUGGGCCCACAGAGUUCUGGAUUAGUCGCGAUAUAUCCCACCCCCAGGCUACAGCGUCAGCUUUGGGUUUGGCCAGUACUUCUACCGAGAAGACCAAGAAGAAGUAUGCCACAAAGAAACUAACUUCAAGCUUGUCUCAUGGUUUGGGAACAUCGAAUGUAUCAACUACUAGUACACCCGCCCUCAGCCUGGCUUCUUCGUCUUCAUCGCUGAGCAUGGAUUCGGUUGAAAUGUUAGCCUCAUCAGCACCUACUUCGUUAAAUGUUCCUUCAUUAUUGCCCACAGGGCAACAUGUAACCGCUUCAUCAGCAUCUGCUGCUCUGGCAGCUGCCACCACAUCAUCUGCCAAUAGGCAAGCUCUUAGCUCCACAUCAUCGACAGCAUCUGCCUCGACAACAUCGACAUCCACAGCUCUCACACCAGGUUCCAACAUAACACUGAACGAGAAUGGUAUGGUUGUGGAACAAACACCGGAUGGCGAAUGGUCUUAUGACCCGAAUGAACCACGCUAUUGUACUUGUAAUCAAGUUUCAUAUGGUGACAUGGUAGCUUGUGACAAUGAUGCUUGUCCCUAUGAAUGGUUCCAUUAUCCCUGUGUUGGUAUAACGCAACCGCCAAAGGGUAAAUGGUAUUGCCCAAAAUGUACCGCAUCGAUGCGACGACGGGGAAAUCGCAAAAAUUAAUAGAUGGGAUAGUAUUAAACACAUAUUGAAGUGUUGAAAUAUUUGUGCGUGAAAUAAUAUGUGUACGGAAAUAAAUUGGAAAAAUGUAAUCCCUUAAAAAGCAA